UGUGGAGCCCCCCCUCCCCUGUGAACUACUAUUCUUUUGGGGCCUGGUCAGGUAAAUCUCCCCUACGAGACGCGAUAGCAUGGCUCUGAAUAACCCCAACCCACUGGGACCAUGGAAGAUCACCGUUUAUGACCAGGAGAACUUCCAGGGAAAGCGUCUGGAGUUUACCUCCUCCUGCCAGAACAUUAUGGAGUCUGGCACUGACAACAUCCGCUCCCUGAAGGUGGAGUGUGGAGCUUGGACAGGAUAUGAGCACUCCAGCUUCUGCGGACAGCAGUUUGUGCUGGAGAGAGGAGAGUACCCUCACUGGGAGUCGUGGAGUGGCAGCAAUGCCUAUCACACUGAGAGGAUGAUGUCCUUCCGCCCCAUCUGCUCUGCUAACCACAAGGAGUCUAAGAUGGUGGUGUUUGAGAAAGAGAACUUUACGGGACGCCAGUGGGAGAUAAAUGAUGACUACCCAUCACUGCAAGCUAUGGGCUGGGGAACCAAUGAGAUUGGAUCCAUGCAAGUUAAGAGUGGCGCCUGGGUGUGUUACCAGUUCCCUGGUUACCGUGGUUACCAGUACGUUCUGGAGUGUGAUCGCCACGGCGGCGAGUACAAACAUUACAGAGAAUGGGGCUCCCAUGCUCAAUCGUUCCAAGUGCAGUCACUGCGUCGCAUCCAGCAAUGAGACCGCACGUCUCCUUGACCGAAAAGCUCCACGCCUUCCUCCUCUCCCUACUUCCUCCAUAAUCAUUCCAACAUUCCCUGGUGCGUUGUCACCAAAAUGUCUGCCGCACUUCUGCUUUGUUCUGUUGCUCCAUGGAAAUUGAAAUAAGAGAGAUGACUGAAUGGAAUAAACGAUAAUGAGAGGGAGAAAGAGAGCAGCAGCAGCAGAGAAAGGCUGCUGACCCCCUGAGAAGAGAGGGGAAAACUGAGGGUGUCUUGAGAUGUCUGUGAAGUUGUGAUGUCAUUCACACCCACCGGAAAAGAAA